GGGGGCGGCCUUGGUGCGCCGCUGUUAGCGGGGCUGGGCCGGGGGCGGUGUGUGCCGCCUGGGUCGGCCCCGAGGUGGACUUCAGCCGAGUAACGGAGGCCUCUCGGGGAGGGGAGAAGGCUUAACGAUUAAUUGGUAAUUUUCUUUCAUGCCCCCUUACAGGAGAACGGUUAGCAGUAUGAUGUGCCAGUCACUCUUAAGAACAGAGCUGAAAUAGGGAAGAUAGUGCUGAGCUGCUUGCGGACAAACUGAAACAUGACUGAUACAGAUGAAUCCCAGGCCUCUGGUUCUGUUAGCUCUGAUGCUCAGGAUUUAAUAUUCACUCAACAGAAAGAGUCAUUGGAAGUAUAUGAAUGUGAAUUAAAUACACAAAGCAGGUGUUCAGGCUCUGGGCAGAAGGGUGCUGCUCCUGGGGAAUCUUCAGAUGAGCUUAACAGUAGACACAAAUCACCAGCUGCUUCAGCUAUGGCCUUUCUGGACAGCAGUGAUUCGGAAACCAAUCUUUCUGCUUCCAGUGGCAGUGAAUACCAUACCAAGUGUUCCAUUGCGCCUUCAAAGCAAAAAAUGAAAUCUCGACCUUCAAGGCAGCGGGCAGAAUCUCUUGCGGGAGUACCUGACGGUGAAAGUUCAGAUUGCUCUCUGUCCCCUCCGAGCCCAGUGGAAUCAUCUAAAACCUCCAAACGGCAGAAGUCAAAACUGAAUUUGAAAGCCAUUUUUGCCUAUCACUUCAGGGGAAAAAAGUUUAAGGCUGCUGCACACCGAAAAUAUAAGGGUGGCUCAGGGAAGAGGAAGAAAAAGUAUGAGAGCACACAGAUGCCUGUGGGGAGGCCACCACUGACAGCAUCACCACAAGAGCAAAAGAAAAGGCUUCUAGAUAGAGGCUUUCAGUUCCCUUUUGUUGAAAGACAUUAUGGGAAGCAACAUAUCCCUUUAAAGAUGGUUCUUGGCUAUGAGCAAGCGGCCGCAAAGGGAUAUUUCCAGUACAUUGAAAUGCUCAAAUAUGAAGAACAUCUCAAAAAGGCUUUAAAAAACCUUAAAGCUAGUGAAGACUUAGAAAAAGAAUGUCUGGCAGUGCGGAAACACAAAUACUUAGAUGAUGAAGGCCCCAUUUCCCCUAUCCGGGAGACAAAUGAUAACAGCUUGGAUUCUGACAGUCGAGAAGAUCUUGAUGCCAGAGUAGUGGAGAACAGCUGUUUCAUUAUAAGCAGCAAAAUUCCCAACAAGAAAAAAUCAAAGCCAGAAAUGAAACAUGCAGAAUCAACUGGAGUUGACGGAAGGACACAAUGAAGAAUAUAUUGCUGAGAACUCUGGCUUCUGCAGGGUUCAGUUCAGUGAACAGAAAGCUUACAGAUGAGGUGGCAGUGGUCAUGCUUGACAGACCUUUCAUUGUCGCCUUGCCUUGUCUGAAGUGAACAUUGUGCUAUCAAUCAAGGAACCUAAUCAGGUCUGGUCUAAGGCAUCUACAUCAGAAAUACUCUGUAUGGCUUGAAAGACUCAUCCUGGAUCUAGGAGUGGGGUUCUUGCUGGUUUGUUCCUUUUGGGAGAUGGACUACUGCUCAGUUUUCAUGGUGUGGGAGACUCUUCGGAGGAGUACACCAGCUCUGCCACAGUGAGCAGCAGUUUGUAACUGUUUUGGACUAGUUGAAUUCUUGCAACUGUUUCCUGGCAUUCUGAAGUGCAAAUCUGUUACUUCACUGCUUUUUGUGUGGAAAAUACUAAACCUGUUAGUGAAAGAGGAAGCUGACUUGAACGUGCAGUCUGCCAUAAUGCCUUGGUGGUACGUGCUUGGAGAACAAAGUGAGAGAAGGGAUAAAAGCAGCCAUUUAACAGAAAUAUGAAAGCCCUACCAGGUACUGACUUAUGCUUUUGAUAUGAAUGAAAAAUUCAUGCAAAUAGAAAAGCUUGGUACCCCAGAAUACUAACAAACUGAACUUUGCUAUGUUGAAAGGAUUAGCUGGAAGAUGAUGGCAACUUGUUUUGGCAGUGUCUGCUAUUGAGUCACUGGUGAUGACAGGGGCAAGAAAUGAUGUUUCAGUGCAACCAGAGUGAAUCUGAAGGUCCUGGUGACAUUGCUGCAAGGCUGAGGAAGAACAAGACCAUUCUAAAUCAGAUACAGAAAGGACCUUAUAACCUAUUUUGACUUAUCAUAAUUAAGAAUUCUAAACAUGUAACUCUAUAAUAGAGUUACUGCUCUAUAAAUUGAAAUAAUGCAUAUUAUUUAGAAAUCAGUGUAAAAGCACCCAGGAGAGGCACAACAUUAAAGACUUAGCAGUUCAAUCACUUUUGUCCUUCUGCUUUGUCCAUGUGAUAGCAAAGCUUAGGACUGUUUAAACUUAGCUGCCUGGCUUGAUGUUGCAGAAAUUUACUAAGCUGAGGGCACAGAAUAUGUGGUUUGACUAGCAGUGGAUUAUAAAGUCUUUCCUUGACUGGCCCCAUUCCUGUUUGAGAGAGGGAGGGAGCUGCUUAGUCUGUACAGACUGUCAUAGCAUUUAAAUAUAACUGAUGUAACUUAAGUGUUUAAAAGGAACAACUGCAGCCAGGGAUUAUUUCUUCUUGCUACAAUACUGUAUACAACCAAAAGGGUGAUUAAAAGAUGGCUUGCAGUUACAUAUAGCCUGCCACUAGCAAAAUGUUUCUGUAUUCUCUUCCCUUCUGAUUUCUGUUAGGAGAAAGGGAUGAGAUCAUUCAGGCAAGGCUUUUACAGUGGAGUCAAAGCACCAUCCUUCCCUUCACUGUCCUGUAUGAAGAUGAGACAGACUAGACCUAUACACUUAAUGUGCAGCUUUACUACAGAUAGAUCGAUAAUCCUUACAUUGUAACAAGCUUCUACCUGACUUAGUUGCACAGAAUGACACAGGCUCUUGCUGCCUUGUAACUCUUUACUGAAGGGAGGGUGGUUGCAUGUGGGUCCAUUUCAGCUAGUGCUGUACUUUCAGUGAUUCCAGAGGCUGAACAAAUCUGUUUUCACUAAAGUCUAAAUUAUAGUAAUUUCUUUAAAAGAGAAGCUCAUUAAUGUCCCCACUACCACUUCUCUGCUGUGUUUUAAACACAAACAAACAGGCUCAUCGCUUUUCCUACUGUUCCAGCUGUAGAUAAUAGUUCAAUUGAACUUCACUGCAGCAGUUGAGACUUCCGUUUGUCUUACUUUAACCCUAAUGAUCUUGCAAUUAAAAUUACAUAGGGCUAAGGAAAUUUGGCCAGAGGAACUAACACUUGGGAAGAGCAGUUAACCUGUGCAGCAGCAGGCUGAAGUAAAUUUGGAAGGGCAAGGGCAGUAUUUGCUUUGAAGUGUAGGGCACUAGACACUUGCUGGAACAGUUUCUCUUUUUACCCUCUGGUACUUUACCACUGCAGGUGAAAGGUGCAUCUAAAGUAGUUAAUUACCCCUUGCACUGAAUACUAAAAGAAUGGGUAAGUUUCAGCUCUAUAGAAGGGACUAAGUUUUAUUACAAAAAGUUUACUUGAAAAAAAAUUUUACACAUACAUAUUACAAGAAUUAAUCUGAACUUCCUUUAAAACACUAACCUCAGAAAAGGCUUUUCAGUGCCUAUCUACCUAAUGAGAGGUUAACAAUGUUUAAAUAAGUAACUGCAUCAGCUUCUGUAGUGAUUUUUCAAUAAAACAUCAUUGUUGAUACUACA